AUGGGUAAGGCCGGUAAUGAUCACUACGGAAAGACUCUUAUUCAGAAGCUACUCGAGAACGAUAUUGACGUCUCUGGCGUCAAAGAGGUGUCCAGCUUCCUGCCCAGCAAACGCGUCGUCAUGAUCGACAAAGAAACCCACGAGAGUCGGUGUGUUGUUAGCCCGGGGGCAACUGCGGCCUGGACGAAGGAAGAUUUCAGCUACCCUGGGCAGUUUGGAGGUGACGAAUGGCCGAACUUGAUCGUGGCGCAGAUGGAAAUCGAUAAGGAGGUCGUUGAGACUAUGAUUUACACCGCCGGUGAAGCUGGCAUCCCGUUCUGCUUGAACGCCGCGCCGGCGAGUCCUAUUAACCCCGCUCUAUACCGAUUUAUUACACAUCUUGUGGUCAGCGAGUCUGGGGCUGCGAUUCUGUUGGACUUUACGAAGGAUAAGGUAGAUAAAGACUUUCCAAAAACUGCCCAGAGACUUUUGAGCCUCGGGUUCGAGAACGUGGUUAUUACGCUGGGUGCAAAAGGUGCUUAUUACGCCGACGCGAAACUCAACGGGCACUGCGCUGGGUAUCCCGUCCAGGUUAUGGAUACGACCGGAGCCAGCGACGCCUUUACCGGGGCGUAUGCGGCCGACUAUGUGCGUCAGAUGUCCAGUUCAUCUGGAGAAUAG